AUGGCUGGAGUCGAUGUCACGGACUUUAUUGUCCUUGCCGCCAUCCUCAUUGGGACGGUGGCCUACUUCACCAAGGGCAAGUUAUGGGCCGUCAAGAAGGACACCUACAGUGCGAGCCAGCUCGCCGCCGCCAAUUACCUCAGAAAACCGGGUAAGACGCGGAAUAUCAUUGAGAAGAUGGAGGAGUCGGGCAAAAACUGCAUCAUCUUCUUCGGGUCGCAGACUGGGACCGCUGAGGACUAUGCGUCGAGACUUGCAAAGGAGGGCAAGAGCCGUUUUGGCCUCGAGACCAUGGUCGCUGAUCUUGAGGACUACGACUACGACAACCUCGAUGCCAUCCCCAGCGACAAGGUCGUCAUGUUUGUUCUCGCGACCUACGGCGAAGGCGAACCGACCGACAACGCAGUCGAGUUCUACGAGUUCAUCACCUCCGAGAGCCCGUCCUUCAGUUUCGACAACGACCCUCCCCUCGGUAACCUGAACUAUGUCGCAUUCGGUUUGGGCAACAACACGUACGAGCACUACAACUCGAUGGUUCGCAACGUCAACAAGGCGCUGGAGAAGCUCGGCGCUCACCGCAUCGGGGAAGCUGGCGAAGGCGACGACGGCGCUGGUACCAUGGAAGAAGACUUUUUGGCUUGGAAAGAUCCCAUGUGGAGAGCUCUAGCCGAGAAGAUGGGCCUGGAGGAGCGCGAGGCUGUGUACGAGCCCAUCUUUGGAAUCGUCGAGAAGGAGGACCUCACUCCCGACUCGCCCGAGGUCUACCUUGGGGAGCCCAAUAAGAUGCACCUCAACGGCACGGCCAAGGGCCCCUUCAACGCGCACAACCCUUACAUUGCUCCCAUUCGUCAGUCCUACGAACUUUUCAAAGUCAAGGACCGCAACUGCCUGCACAUGGACAUCGAUAUCAGUGGCGCCAAUCUCAGCUAUCAGACCGGUGAUCACGUCGCGGUUUGGCCCACCAACGCCGGCGAAGAGGUCGACCGCUUUUUGGAUAUCUUUGGCCUCACCAGCAAGCGCCACAAUGUCAUCAGCGUCAAGGCCCUGGAGCCCACUGCCAAGGUGCCUUUCCCGACCCCAACCACGUUCGACGCCAUCGUUCGCUACCACAUGGAGAUCUGCGCGCCCGUCUCCCGCCAGUUCAUCGCUACUCUUGCUGCGUUUGCGCCUGACGACUUGGCAAAGGCCGAAAUGACCAAACUUGGUAACGACAAGGAUUACUUUCACUCCAAGGUCAACGCUCAGUAUCUCAACAUUGCUCGCCUCUUGGCCAUCGUCAGCAAGGGCAAGAAGUGGACAAACGUUCCGUUUUCUGCGCUGAUUGAAGGCAUCACGAAGUUACAGCCCCGGUACUAUUCCAUCUCGUCCUCCUCUCUGGAGCAGCCCAAGAUGGUGUCCAUCACAGCGGUGGUCGAGGCGCAGCAUCUUCCAGGCCGUGGAGAUCCUUUCAGGGGCGUGUCGACGAACUAUCUCCUGGCGCUCAAGGAAAAGCAGAACGGCGACCCCAAUCCGACUCCUUUUGGUCUUAGCUACGAGAUCACAGGGCCCCGGAACAAGUACGACGGCAUCCACCUCCCAGUCCAUAUUCGCCAUUCCAACUUCAAGCUGCCUUCAGAUCCCACAAAACCCAUCAUCAUGGUCGGUCCCGGCACCGGUGUCGCUCCGUUCAGAGGUUUUGUUCGCGAAAGAAAGAGGAUGGCCGAGAACGGCCAGGCAGUUGGCAAGACCAUUCUCUUCUUUGGCUGCCGGAAAUCAACCGAGGACUUCUUGUAUGAGAAGGAUUGGGAGGAGGCCAAGCAGGUGCUCGGCGACAAGUUCGAGAUCGUCCUCGCCUUCUCUCGUGAAGGACCCAAGAAGGUCUAUGUGCAGCACCGGUUGAAAGAACGCGCCAAGGAGGUCAACGAGCUGUUGGAGCAGAAAGCUUACUUUUAUGUGUGCGGUGACGCCUCCAACAUGGCUCGCGAGGUCAACGCCGUCUUGGCACAGAUCCUCUCUGGGGAGCGUGGUAUUUCGGAAGGCAGGGCUGAGGAUAUUGUAAAGCAAAUGAGGGCAUCCAACCAGUACCAGGAGGAUGUCUGGUCAUAA